AUGCCAUACGAUGUACCCGAUCCCUCGUCAAUAUCCUUCAGGAAACUCACCGCUUGGGCGGAGCAACGAGGGAUAAAUAUGGUGGCUGGCUGUGACGCCAACGCUCACCACACGGCGUGGAACAGCUCGAACAUCAACGAUAGAGCAACGACUUCUUCUACAAUAACAGCGCUGCAGAAAAUAUUUUCAGUUGAAGGUCUUCCCAAAACCAUUGUAAGUGAUAAUGGACCACAAUUCACCUCGGAGGAGUUUCAGACCUUUUGCAAAUUGAAUACGAUUGAGCAUCUUACAUCUGCUCCUUUUCAUCCGGCAUCGAAUGGUUUGGCAGAACGUUUUGUAAGAACAUUCAAGCAAGCGUUUUCUAAAAUUAUGACUACUGAAACUCAUCGUGAAAAAGCUUUAUAUAAGUAUUUGGCUACAUAUAGAUCCACACCGAACACAGUCAGUGGAAAAUCUCCAGCAGAACUGUUACAUGGACGUCAAUCGCGCACUAUUUUAUCUGCAUUGUUUCCACAAAAACAAAAUGUAUGCUACAGUAAUUCCAAAUUUCACGUAGGUCAAGAAGUUUAUGCACGAAAUUAUUCCGGAGCCAAAAGAUGGGUUGAAGGACAAAUUCUUGAAGUUAUUGGUCAAAUGAUGUAUCAUGUUCAAACAGAAACGGGAACAAUCAAGCGCCAUCAAAAUCAGUUAAAGGUCAAGUUAGUUACUCCACACACUGAUGCUUAUUCUAAAUCAAACCGGUCUACAUACGAUAUUGAUAUUGAACAAGAUUUUGAAAAUCAACGUUUGCAUCGGUUGCCGUAUGAACCAAUUUCUCAGAAUGAAAGAACAUUUUCAGAGUCAACGGGUUCAGCAAGUUUACCAAACACGACAACUGCAACUACGAGCCAAGAAUUAACAUCUUUAGUUCCUAUGCGUCAAGCUUCUAGUUUUAAACGACCACUUGAAUCACCUACUGUUCGACGAUCUAAUCGCAAGCGUUUCAAAGUGGAUAGAUUUCAAGCAAAUUAG